AUGGGAAGCUUCAUUUUUAACCUUCACCUUAUCGUUUCAUCAUUUUUCCUUUUCAUUUUCUUGCUCGAAGCUGUUCAUGGAAGCAAAAAGUGUUACAUUGUAUACAUGGGAGCGCAUUCUCAUGGUCCCAGUCCUAUGUCUGCUGACCUUGAACUCGCUACCUAUUCUCAUUAUGAUUUACUAGGUUCGAUCUUGGGAAGCCCCGAGAAAGCGAAAGAAGCAAUUAUUUACUCAUAUAACAGACACAUUAAUGGCUUUGCUGCGAUGCUUGAAGAGGAAGAAGCUGAAGAUAUUGCAAAAAACCCAAAUGUAGUGUCUGUGUUCUUGAGCAAAAAGUAUAAACUGCAUACUACCCGGUCAUGGGAAUUUCUUGGAUUGCACAGAAAUAGUAAGAACUCUGCAUGGCAAAAGGGAAGAUUUGGUGAAAAUACAAUAAUCGGUCAUAUUGACACAGGUGUUUGGCCUGAAUCCAAGAGCUUCAGUGACAAAGGAUACGGCCCCGUCCCAUCAAAAUGGCGCGGGGGUAACGUCUGUCAAAUUGACAAACAAAAUGGCUCCAAGAAAAAUCCUUGCAACAGGAAGCUAAUUGGAGCAAGAUUCUUCAACAAAGCUUAUGAGGCAGUUAAUGGCAAACUUAUCGCAGCACUACAUACAGCACGUGACUUAGUAGGACAUGGUACACAUACUCUAUCAACCGCAGGUGGCAAUUUUGUGCCUGGUGCAAGUGUCUUUGCUGUUGGAAAUGGUACUGCAAAGGGUGGAUCCCCAAGGGCAAGAGUUGCAACCUACAAAGUGUGCUGGUCUCUAACUGAUGCUGCAGACUGCUAUGGUGCGGAUGUGUUAUCUGCUAUUGACCAAGCCAUCAGUGAUGGUGUUGAUAUCAUCACACUCUCUGCUGGUGGCCAAUAUGUUGUGUCACCUGAAGAUAUAUUCACAGAUGAGGUUUCCAUAGGGGCAUUUCACGCACUUGCUAGAAAUAUACUAUUAGUUGCCUCUGCAGGGAAUGAUGGACCAACACCUGGAUCUGUUGUCAAUGUGGCUCCAUGGGUAUUCACUGUUGCUGCUAGCACAAUUGAUAGGGAAUUUAGCAGUACUUUAACUUUUGGUAACAACCAACAAAUCACGGGUGCCAGUCUUUUUGUAAACAUACCACCUAACCAGGCCUUUUCUCUUAUCCUUGCCACUGAUGCUAAGCUUGCCAAUGCUUCAAAUCGAGAUGCUCAACUUUGUAGGGCUGGAACACUUGAUCGUACAAAAGUAAGCGGCAAAAUAGUGGCAUGCCUUCGAGAAGGAAAAAUAAAAUCUGUUUCUGAGGGUCAGGAAGCUAUGUCUGCGGGCGCACAGGGAAUGAUUUUGGGAAAUCAAGAGCAAAAUGGAAAUACAAAACUCGCUGAACCUCAUGUUCUGUCUACGGUCAACUAUUAUAAAAAAUCUAAACCAAAAGAGCAUAAUCUUGGCAAACCUGGUCCACCACCGAAACAUCAAACAGAGCUUACUCUUGACAUAACUGCCACGGACUCUACAAUAAACUCAAAAACUACAGUACGGAUGUCCACUGCAAAAACUUACCUUGGUAGAAAGCCAGCUCCAGUUAUGGCUUCAUAUUCAUCUAGAGGACCCAAUAAGAUUCAGCCAUCAAUACUCAAACCUGAUGUAACUGCACCUGGUGUGAACAUACUUGCUGCCUAUUCACUAUACGCAAGUGCAUCCAACUUACCAUCAGACCCUCGCCAAGGAUUUCCAUUCAAUGUACUCCAAGGAACUUCUAUGUCUUGCCCUCACGUUGCUGGCAUUGCUGGACUUCUCAAAACACUUCAUCCUAAUUGGAGUCCUGCAGCUAUUAAAUCAGCAAUCAUGACCACAGCAACAACAAAAGAUAACACCAACAAGCCAAUUAGGGAUGCAUUUGAGAAAACAUUAGCAACUCCAUUUGCUUAUGGUUCAGGACAUGUUCAACCCGACCUUGCUGUAGAUCCUGGACUUGUUUAUGAUCUAGGCCUCACUGAUUACUUGAACUUCUUAUGUGCUUCUGGUUAUGACCAACAACUCAUUUCCUCACUUAAUUUCAAAAGGACAUUUAUUUGUUCAGAAACUCACAGCGUAACAGACUUGAACUACCCUUCAAUCACAUUGCCAAAUCUUGGGUUAAAAGCCGUAAACGUUAUUCGUACAGUGACCAAUGUUGGGACACCAAGCACUUAUUUUGCAAAUAUUACUCGUACAGUGGCCGGAUAUAACAUUGGUGUUGUACCGAAUACCUUGAGUUUCAAGAAAAUUGGUGAAAAGAAGACAUUCCAGGUGAUUGUGCAAGCAAGGAGUGUGACUAAGAGGGGAACUUAUAAACAUGGGGAAUUGACAUGGACAAAUGGAAAGCACAUAGUCAGAAGUCCUAUUACAGUUAAGCGCAAAUGA